ACUCAACAGGCGUCAGCAGACUCCCAUCGGUGUGCUCCUGGCCUCCCACCAAAUGCUGUGUCCCCUUCUCCCCGUUUGUGCAGGCUGAAGCUGUGUGCAUGGUUGGGAUGAGGGCUGUGUUGCCUCUCCUUCCUUUCUGAGGAGAAUUGUGUGUGUGCUCUCGUCACUCCUUAGCCUUGUACUCAUGGCUGGAUUAGAGUGAGUGGGUGCAGGUGGGCAUGGGCAGCUCUGAUGCUCUGGAUCCCACCCACAGGCACCAUGACUCCUGUGAAGACUCAGCACUCCCUGGCAGGUCAGACGUAUGCCGUACCCCUCAUCCAGCCAGACCUGCGGCGAGAGGAGGCCGUCCAGCAGAUAGCGGACACCCUGCAGUACCUGCAGAAGGUCUCUGGAGACAUCUUCAGCAGGAUCUCCCAGCGGGUAGAGCAGAGCCGGAGGCAGGUGCAGGCCAUUGGGGAGAAGGUCUCCUUGGCCCAGGCCAAGAUUGAGAAGAUCAAGGGCAGCAAGAAGGCCAUCAAGGUGUUCUCCAGUGCCAAGUACCCUGCUCCAGAGCGCCUGCAGGAAUAUGGCUCCAUCUUCACAGGUGCCCAGGACCCUGGCCUGCAGAGACGACCCCGCCACAGGAUCCAGAGCAAGCACCGCACCCUGGACGAGCGGGCCCUGCAGGAGAAACUGAAGUACUUUCCUGUGUGCGUGAGUGCCAAGGCGGAGCCCGAGGAUGACGCAGAGGAGGGACUUGGGGGUCUUCCCAGCAACGUCAGCUCUGUCAGCUCCUUGCUGCUCUUCAACACCACCAAGAACUUGUACAAGAAGUAUGUCUUCCUGGACCCCCUGGCUGGUGCUGUAACAAAGACCCACGUGAUGCUGGGGGUGGAGACGGAGGAGAAGCUGUUUGAUGCCCCCUUGUCCAUCAGCAAGAGAGAGCAGCUGGAGCAGCAGGUUCCAGAGAACUACUUCUAUGUGCCAGACCUGGGCCAAGUACCUGAGAUUGAUGUGCCAUCCUACCUGCCCGACCUGCCCGGCAUUGCCAACGACCUCACGUACAGUGCCGACCUGGGCCCUGGCAUUGCCCCCUCUGCCCCUGGCACCAUUCCAGAACUGCCAACCUUCCACACUGAGGUAGCUGAGCCUCUCCAGCCAGACCUAGAAGAUGGGGUGCUCACAGCACCCCCACAGCCCCCACCACCUCCCCCAGCUCCUGAGGUGCUGGCCAGUGCACCCCCACUCCCACCUCAGCCGUGGCCCCCCGUAGGCCCGGGCGCCAGGCAGGACGACGGCAGCGGCGCGCCUCCUUCAGCUCCAGUCCAGGGAGCUCCCAGGGAAGUGGUCGACCCCUCUGGCGGCCGGGCCACUCUGCUAGAGUCCAUUCGCCAAGCUGGGGGCAUCGGCAAGGCCAAGCUGCGCAGCGUGAAGGAGCGAAAGCUGGAGAAGAAGAAGCAGAAGGAGCAGGAGCAAGUGAGAGCCACGAGCCAAGGUGGGGACUUGAUGUCCGAUCUCUUCAACAAGCUGGUCAUGAGGCGCAAGGGCAUCUCUGGGAAAGGACCCGGGGCUGGUGAGGGACCCGGAGGAGCCUUCGCCCGCGUGUCGGACUCCAUCCCUCCUCUGCCACCACCACAGCAGCCCCAGGCAGAGGAGGAUGAGGACGACUGGGAAUCCUAGACUUGGGCCAUUGCUCCAACCUGGACACAGCCAGGACAAGCUCCUCAGACCUGCUGCCCUAGGAGGGGGCGGUGAUGGAACUGUCCCAGGACUGUGCGGGGACCACCUUCAGGGAGCAAGAGGCUGGCCUGAGGCCACAGGGCUGGGGCGGGGGCUUCUGUAUGCCUGUGCUCCACCGGGGGACGGCUCCACCCAGCCUGAACCAGGGUGUUCUCCUCUUCCCUAAAGAGGCUUCCAGAAAAAACAGCAGCACAAAUCGAAGAAGAACUGAGCAGAAA